UUAUAGCUCUGAGUCUGUAGAGUUAGAGUAUAGAAAAAUGGCCAGGACCAAGCAGACCGCUCGCAAGUCUACUGGAGGGAAAGCUCCCCGAAAGCAGCUGGCAACUAAAGCCGCCCGGAAGAGCGCCCCAGCUACCGGCGGUGUGAAGAAGCCUCACCGUUACCGUCCAGGGACCGUUGCCCUUCGAGAGAUCCGCCGCUACCAGAAGUCAACAGAGCUGCUGAUCCGCAAGUUGCCCUUCCAGCGGCUGGUGCGGGAGAUCGCCCAGGACUUCAAGACCGACCUGCGUUUCCAGAGUUCCGCCGUCAUGGCCCUACAAGAGGCCAGCGAGGCUUAUCUGGUGGGGCUUUUCGAGGACACCAACCUGUGCGCCAUCCACGCCAAGAGGGUGACCAUCAUGCCCAAAGACAUACAGCUGGCCCGCAGGAUCCGAGGGGAGAGGGCAUAGAUACUCGGAACUCCUAUACACGCAACAACACAAAGGCUCUUUUCAGAGCCACCAAAUCUUUCUAUAACCUAGCUGAAGCAUAAGCUACAUAUUGGUGUUUAAUAGGAAGAAUGUUAAAUCCUUUCUCUGCACGGUUUCCUUAUAGUUAGUAGUCACACUGCUCCCGGCCCCUGAUCUGUAAUAAUCCUCACCGUCCUUCCUUCCAGCUUGCCGCUGCCCUGACUC